AUGCCACUUACCACGUAUUCACCGGCGGAUAGUAAGACUUUACUGGCACGAUAUUACGAUCUGCCACAACCGGAAGAUCGCAUACAGCUCAUGUAUGUGUGGAUCGAUGGGACUGGUGAGCAUUUGCGAUGCAAAACCAUGACUGUGACUGAAGAGCCGAAAUCUGCGGAAGAUUGUAGCAUAUGGAACUUUGAUGGCAGCAGUACAGGUCAAGCAGAGGGUUCGAACUCGGACGUCUAUUUGAAACCGUGUGCUCUGUUCCGAGACCCGUUUCGUCGUGGAAAGAACAAGCUGGUUCUGUGCGAAACCUACACGUACGACAUGAAACCACACGCAACCAAUCAUCGUAGACGUUGUGUGGAACUGAUGAAACAAGCCGAAUCGUACGAACCGUGGUUCGGGAUUGAACAGGAGUAUGCCCUGAUGGACAUAGAUGGGUAUCCCAUGCAAUGGCCAAAAUCCGGCUUCCCUCAACCACAGGGACCGUACUAUUGCUCGGUUGGAGCGGAUCGUGCUCUUGGUCGGGAUAUCCCGGAAGCUCAUUACCGCGCUUGUAUGUACGCCGGUGUGAAAAUUUGUGGUACCAAUGCUGAAGUGAUGCCAUCACAAUGGGAAUUUCAAAUUGGUCCAUGUGAAGGCGUUCUGUUGGCAGAUCAUCUCUGGAUGGCCCGAUUCUUGUUACAUCGUGUUGCAGAGGAUUUUGGUGUUGUGGUAACGUUUGAUCCAAAACCGAUGCCUGGCGACUGGAACGGUUCGGGGGCUCAUACGAACUUUUCGACUGCUGCUAUGAGAUGUCCCCAAAGUGGUUUGAAAGCGAUUGAACAAGCUGUAGAAAAACUAUCCAAACGUCAUGCGGAGCAUCUGAAAGUCUAUGAUCCCAGACAUGGUGAAGACAACUCCCGUCGUUUGACGGGGUUGCAUGAGACUAGUAGUAUCCAUGGCUUCUCAUCAGGAGUUGCAAAUCGAGGAAGCAGUAUCCGAAUUCCACGUCAGGUGGCCGAGGAUCGGUGCGGUUAUUUGGAGGAUCGUCGACCUUCAGCGAAUUGUGAUCCGUAUCAGGUGAUUGGCAUGCUAGUACAGACUGUUUGUUUGGAAUGA